UAACAAUUCUCUUUCGAUUUAAAAUCAGUAAUUCUUGCAAAAUCAAUAAAUAAGUUUUCAAUUAACAUAUAAUGAUGCAUAAAAUAGUUCAGUGCAUCGUCUUUGUUUUAACGUUUCUAACCAUAGUAAAAUGUUUCCAAUUUGAUGACUGUCAAAAGCAGGUGGCAGAGGAACCAUUCAUGCUUCCGAUUACCGUAGCAAAAUCAUAUUGCAACGAUCUAGGUACCUGUUAUAAAAGUUAUGGAAACGGUGAUAACAGUAUUGGGCGCCACGGUUUAUUCUUGCAUUGUCGUAUUAAAGCAUGUAAAGGUGUACGGAAGCAUUUCAACCAACGAUCUUUGCAGGCUGCACCAGUUUUUCUUAGCUUUUGCGCUGACUUAAAAGAGUUGGAACAAAAAUGGUAUAAUGAUUUGAGUGAUUAAUACCGACG